UCCAGCACAUUUGAUCUGAUGGAUGUUCUUCUGUGUUUUUCUCUUCUAUGUGCUGCUGUUAUAAAUGAAGAGAGGAUCAAAUCAGUGAAGUCUGGAGGUUCUGUUACUCUAAAGACUGGUGUUACUGAAAUACAGACUGAUGAUGUGAUUCAGUGGAGAUUUGGAGAUGAAGAAACUCCCAUAGCUGAAAUGACUGUAGGGGCUAAACCCUCAUAUGACUCGACUGAUGAGAGAUUCACUGACAGACUGAAGAUGAACCCUUGGACUGGAGAUCUUACCAUCACACACAUCACAGCUGAACUCUCUGGAGUUUAUAGAGCAAAGAUCAGCAGCAGCAGAGGAACAGAAUACAGAAGAUACAGGGUUGUCAUCUCUGACGGUCGUCCUCCAAAUCAGAUCAAGAAGAACUCAGACACUGGUGAUGGAACAGAACUGAACAAACGGAGAUCAGCAGGAACUAAAGGAAAAGCAUCAACAACUGUUGUGGUACCUUUACUGAAUGAAGCAGAAGAUAGAUGUUUGAUCAGCUGAUAGAUGCUCAACAUCACAUCUGUCACAUCAUCAACAUCUACAGUAUCACUACUGUUUCACUACUUCAUGAUCCGUCCUCUUUAAAAGAUCAACUCAUGUGUGUUGUUGAGCUCUAGUGAUAAAUGUUUUUAAAGCUAAAGUUACACGGUUUUUAUAUACAACAUAAACUUUCAUUUAUUUGUCGUUGACAUUGAUCAAUGAUCAGAAUGUUUAUCUUUUUAUAUUUCAUGUCUGUUACUCACUGCAUAUCAUGUUAUCAGUUUGACUCUCAUGUGUUUGAUAUUGUGUGAUUAUAAACAGUAUUGAUUUAAUAUCUGAUGAUGAUGAAAUAUCAGAUAAACAUGAAGAACAUCUUCAGUCUUUCUUUAACACGUCUCUAAUCUGCUUUUAUACACUUUUAUAUAACAACUAACACCAAAAACAAGUUCAUGUUGAUGACAAUCUGUGUUUAUCAUGUGAAGAAGAUUCUAGAAAAUACACGUGAGAAACAUCUUGACCAUCAGUGUUAGAUUGUGAUGUCUGUUCUGUUUUUAUUGUUAAAGAUUAUUUUAGUGUUUCAUUUACAGUAUUAUUUGAUUCAAUAUGUGCCUAUAUUGUAUUUUUGUAACUCAACUGUUUUUUGCUUAAGAAAAUCUGUUCUCUGAUCAGAUCUGAGUGUAAACCUUGUAAAUGUGAAUUCAGACUCUCAGUACAGAUAAAAAAACUUCAUGAAGCACUUGACUGAAUAACUCCUACCUUAUUGCUCUUGAAAGAAUAGCUUUGUACAAAAGCAAAAAAUGUGACACAGUUAUAAUUGUGUUGUGUUCUGCUUUGAAUGAAUCUCAUUUUUAUUUGACUGCUGAUAUCAGCUAAAUGAAAACAGUAUUGAUAAGUGUUUGCGUCUGAUCAUUUCUGUCCUCUGGUGGAUACACUGAUCAUUUAGUAAUGGCUGUUUUAACAGUAAACACAUGCUAGUUUUGUUUAACAUGCUUCAAUGUGUUUAACUAUAUACACAAUGUAUGUCAUUAUUAAUAAACAAAUAAAACGUCAA